ACAAUAAAAAUGUGUAAAUGCUCUCUGCAGAGAUGCAUCCCCACCUCAGUCGGUAUAGAAAAGCAUGAUAAAGGUUGUGGAAAAUGGAUAAAAAUGUUGAAAGAACCCCCAGUUCCUUAUUAGGCGAAGAUACAAUAUUUAUUCCUUGUCUCAUGGGAUAAAUCUCUUCUGCCUAUUGUCCUCCCCGUUCUCACUGCUGAUGCUUAAUUUUCAAAACUUCUAUAUUACCAAGGGACCUACGACAUCAGCCAAAGAAAUUCUCAGCAAGUACAAAAUCUGUUCCAGGGAGCUGCUUUUGUGCAGAGGGAAAAUUUUGUUCCUACAGGUUUUUAAGUGGGUACGAGGCAAGGAGCUAUCUGAUCCGGGCAAAACCAUUACAGUUUAGAUCUCUAUCUACGGAACAUUUUUUUUCUUCCUUUAAAAAAAUUGGAAAAUACAAGAAGUUUUGGAUUUUUUUUUUCCUGAUUCUUUUUUUGGAGGGGAAAUUGCAUCGUAAGCUUUUGGAGAAACCCAUCAUGUCAACUACCUUUCCCGGACUAGUCCACGAUGCGGAGAUACGUCACGACGGAUCAAACAGCUACCGUUUGAUGCAGCUUGGCUGUCUGGAGUCCGUAGCCAAUUCCACGGUUGCCUAUUCCUCCUCCUCUCCUUUAACUUACUCUACCACCGGCACCGAGUUUGCGUCCCCCUACUUCUCCACUAACCACCAGUACACCCCGCUCCACCACCAGUCCUUCCAUUACGAGUUCCAGCACAGCCACCCGGCGGUCACUCCCGACGCCUACUCUCUGAACUCGCUCCACCACUCACAACAGUACUACCAGCAGAUUCACCACGGGGAGCCCACCGACUUUAUUAACCUGCACAAUGCGCGGGCUCUCAAGUCCUCCUGCCUGGACGAGCAGAGGCGGGAGUUGGGCUGCCUCGAUGCCUACCGCCGCCACGACCUGUCCCUCAUGAGCCAUGGCUCUCAGUAUGGAAUGCACCCAGAUCAAAGACUCCUGCCAGGGCCCAGCCUGGGGCUGGCCGCCGCGGGAGCCGACGACUUGCAGGGUUCUGUGGAAGCCCAGUGUGGGAUUGUUCUGAACGGCCAAGGGGGAGUGAUCAGAAGAGGUGGCACCUGUGUGGUCAACCCCACAGACUUGUUUUGCUCAGUUCCCGGUCGUUUGUCUCUUCUCAGUUCUACUUCCAAAUACAAGGUGACCAUCGCUGAAGUAAAGAGGCGCCUCUCACCACCCGAGUGCCUCAAUGCUUCACUUCUGGGAGGCAUUCUGAGGAGAGCAAAAUCCAAGAAUGGUGGUCGUUGCCUGAGAGAGAAACUGGAUAGGCUUGGCCUAAACUUGCCAGCUGGAAGACGGAAAGCAGCCAACGUUACCUUGCUCACUUCUUUAGUCGAAGGUGAGGCUUUGCACUUGGCUCGGGAUUUUGGCUACACAUGUGAAACAGAGUUUCCAGCCAAGGCAGUAGGAGAGCAUCUCGCCAGACAACAUAUGGAACAGAAAGAACAGACAGCAAGGAAAAAGAUGAUCCUAGCAACCAAGCAAAUUUGUAAAGAAUUCCAAGACCUCCUGAGCCAGGAUAGAUCACCCCUGGGAUCUUCCAGACCCACUCCCAUUCUAGAUCUUGACAUCCAGAGGCACUUAACACAUUUCAGUUUGAUCACUCACGGUUUUGGCACACCAGCAAUAUGUGCAGCUCUAAGCACUUUCCAAACAGUCCUCAGUGAGAUGCUUAACUACUUGGAAAAACACACUACUCACAAAAACGGUGGUGCGGCAGACUCUGGCCAAGGACAUGCCAACUCGGAGAAAGCCCCGCUGCGGAAAGCUUCAGAGGCUGCUGUGAAAGAGGGAAAAACAGAAAAGACAGACUAGCUACAUCAAACAGAAUCUGUUUCCAGAGAGUCUUGCUGCUCAUAUUUUUUUUCUAAUGUAUACAUCAUUGAGGGUGACUAAUCUUCAGUGGACCAAAUCUUUAUCCUCCCUGAGCCCUCCAUAAAAUAAAAUCAAAAGUGGAAAUGAAAA